GUUUUCUGAGUCUCAAGUUUUCUUCAAAAAAGCUUUGGACUUACUUUCUCACUUUGCAAUACUUCAAAGAUAAUCAGUUAUCAUCUAUAGUUUCAUAUAGACUCAUCAAAUAUGGAUUUAAAUGAGAAUCAGUGGGAAGAUUAUAUGAUUGAGGAACAAUGGAGUACUGAUUUGCUUAGGCAUCAGAGGAAUGAACGAAACUCGAUCUUUGAACAAGUUUAUCGUUGUUGCCCUGUCUCCUCUCUUCAAAGGCCAAAUUUGGAAAACGGUGAUAAAAUUAUCAUGCCUCCUUCUGCUCUAGACCGCCUUGCACGUAUGCACAUAGAAUAUCCAAUGUUAUUUGAACUGGAAAAUCUUUCUGCUGAAAAAACUACUCACUGUGGAGUCCUGGAAUUCACUUCUGAUGAGGGGAUUGUAUACUUACCAAAUUGGAUGAUGGAAAAUAUGCUCCUACAUGAGGGAGACACUGUGUGUCUGAAAAGUACAAGUCUUGUGAAAGGAGAGUUUAUAAAGUUGCAGCCUCACACCAAAGAUUUUUUGGAUAUUUCUGAUCCAAAAUCCAUAUUAGAAAUUUCAUUGAGGAGUUACUCAUGUUUAACAACGGGUGACACUAUAAUGAUUCCAUAUAACAACAAAAAAUAUUACAUUGAUGUGGUUGAAACUAAACCUGCUACUGCAAUCAGUAUAAUUGAAACAGACUGUGAAGUUGAUUUUGCCCCACCUCUUGAUUACAUUGAACCUGAGAAGCAUUUGCCAUCUCCUUUGUCUGAUGGGAAAAAUCCACAAGUUGAAGAAGAGUCUGCGAGUAAGACUCCUCAGUUCACUCCAUUUCAUGGUUCUGGAAGGCGUUUGGAUGGCAAACCGUCGACACAAUCAGCUGAAAAAACUUCUUCAUUGUUGAAGGAACAACCAACUGAAAAUAAAACCAUGAGUUCCAAUAGAACUUCUGGAAAGCUUGUUUUUGGGUCAAAUUCAAAGGCACCCCCCAAUAUUCAAACACAGCCAAAGGCUUCUUUGAAAAGGAGAAGUCCAGAGUCAUCUGAGAAGACAGAACCUCCACAAUUCAAAGCUUUCACUGGAAAAAAAUAUUCAUUAAGAGAUUGAUGAUUGUUAGAUUACUUUUCAGUUGUAUCUUUUUAGUUGACAUGAUUUAGUUUUAAUUAUAGUAUAAAAUUGUGAUCAUUGUCUUGGAAAGUUUAUAAUUAUCUCAUUUAAUUCAAAGGUUUUACUGGGAAGAAAUAUUCAUUGAGAAAUAAA